AUGAGUAGAUGUGAUUAUCAAGAUGAUUGUGAUUGUCAAGAAUGUAUCGAGGAGAAUGCGCCUCUUUGCCAGCUCUGUUUUCUGAACAGAUGUAAGAUAAGAGAUUUUCCAGAAUAUGAAAAAUAUUGCAAUAUUUGUAUUCCAUCGAAUGCUCUUGCAUUUAUCAUUGGUACACAAAAUAAAAAGAAAGUGCUCACGACCGUUGAGAAAUUCAAAGAAGCAUUUCCAAACUCUUUCUUUACAUCGUUAAUCGAUGAUGAAUUCAUCAAACGGGAUGAUAAACGUGUCUUUGAGGUGCCGCUUGA